UAAGAGCGUGGACGGUCGAAUGUUUCAUUCAGUUGAACCAUCGUGAUCCAAGGCGACUAGUCCCGACUAGUUACCUAACGAACCGCUUGCCAUUUUCUGCAAACAUUUUCAUCAAACUUGAGUGAUUCUUUCUUCAAUGUAAACCUUCGAAUUUAAUCUUUGAGAAAAUUAAUUUUUCUUGUUUUAUUUGCGAUUAAAAAUCAUUUAAUUUUGUUUCGUAAUUGAUUCAUUAAAUUUCGUUGUAAAUAAUACAAAGUUUAUCAGAGAGAAAAUAGUAAAAAUGAAAAAGUGAAAAUUCCAGUGAUGGAUACGUGAGUGUCAAAGCAAAAAUUUUCUAAAAUAAUUGUUAUUUUCUAAAAAUAAAUUUAAAAAAUUUAUGUAUAUUAUAAACGAGUAAACUGUUUUAUUAAAAAAAGAAAAUCGUAUUUAUGAAAAAUUUAUCCUUAUAUUUGUGAUUGUGAAUUGUUAAUAUGAAGAAUGUUGUUCAAUAUUGGAACAUUCUACAGUCGAUUAUACAAAAGUAAACGAAGUUAAAAGUGUUUGUGAAGAUAUAGAAAAUAAUAAUACUCAAGAUAAAGACAAAAUUUUUAACGAUAAAGAUAAUGUAAUACAUUAUUCAUCGAAUUCAAAAGGGAUAUUUGCACAGUGUUUAUUAGCUGGUGCAGUUCUAUUAGUAGCAGCCGCUGGAGGAAUGCCAAUUGGUUACAGUGCUACAUUAUUACCACAAUUGGCUGAAGAAAAUGGCACGAUGCACGCUGAUCAGGAACUUGGAUCAUGGAUAGCAUCAGUUCACAGUUUAGCAACACCUAUUGGAUCUUUGAUGUCCGGUCCAUUAUUAGAUGGAAUCGGUAGGCGUGGUGCUUUACAAUUUUCAGCAGUACCGCUAUCCGUUGGAUGGUUCAUCAUAGGUUUUUCUACAAAUAUUCCCUGUCUUUUAGUAGGAAGAGUUGUAUUAGGUUUUGGUGUUGGUCUAAUGGCAGCACCAGCUCAAGUUUUUCUGGGUGAAAUGGCCGAUCCGAAACUCCGUGGAUUAUUAACAGGAUGUACUUUAACCUUUUAUUGUUUCGGAAUUCUCAUAAUAUAUGCCUUAGGGGCUUCUUUCACAUGGGAUAUCGUGGCUUUUUGCGGAAUCAUAAUUCCUACGACAGCAUUAAUUGCGUUGCUCCUGAUUCCGGAGAGUCCCGCAUGGCUCAUAAGACGGAAGAAACCCGACAAAGCAAAAAAGGCUUUACUAUGGUUGAGAGGAAAUAACGAGAAACAGGUUGAAGCUGAAUUGGAGAUAUUAGAAACGCGAGCAAAAAUAGAUGCAGCCCGAAUGGAGAAUACAUCAUUGUUUGAAAAAAAGUCUUCUAUUAUUUCCACGCUUCUGGAUCCAAGUGUUUUCAAACCAUUGACUAUCAUUAACAUUUUUAAUUUUCUUCAAUUAUUAAGUGGAACAUUUAUCAUGGUUUUUUAUGCAGUAAAUCUUGUUACAAGUAUAGGUGGUGACAACAUAAACAGUUAUUUGGCAGCAGUAAUUACAGCGAUUAUUAGGCUUGUAUUUAGUACACUAGCAAGUUUUUUAUUGUUAAGAAUGAGCAGAAGAUAUCUUGGAAUAUUUUCCGCUUUAGGAUCAGCCUUUGCUUCGUUUGCUCUUGCAAUAUAUAUAUCAAUUAAAGAAGAUUUUAUAGAUAUAUACAUUGUUGGUAUACUUUUAUUGCUAUACGUGGCAACUAAUACUGUGGGAUUGAUGGCACUUCCAGGAUUAAUGGUUGCGGAAUUGCUUCCACAAAGAGCUCGAGGAAUUGGCGGUGGUUUCAAUUACUUUGUUGUCAAUUCUUGUAUUUUUAUUGUAACAAAAAUUUUCCCUAUGGUGAAUGAGGCAGUGGGUGUUAUUGGAGUUUUUAUAAUUUUUGGAAUUUCUUCUCUUGUAGAAGGAUUAUUUAUUUAUAUUGUUUUGCCAGAAACGAAAAAUCGUACACUUCAAGAAAUUGAAGAUUAUUUUCAACAAGAUAACUUAUUUUGGAUCACCCGUUCAAGGAAAAAUAGAAAAUAUGACAUCGUAAAUAAAUCUUAAUAUUUUAAAAUGUUUAAAUACAUAUUAUAUAUAUAUAAUUGUGAUA